CGAGACUGUCCAGAAGUCAUUGCGCGAAGAAGAACACGCGUUUCUACUUUUCUGGCAUUUUUGUGUUGCUGUUGCUGUUGCUGUGUUUGGGAAAGAAAAACGUUUUAGUCAUGUCAGGUCGCUAUACUCGUCCUCCAAACAGUUCUCUCUUCGUCAGAAACGUUCAUCCUGAUACUAGGUAAGUUUUGUACGUCGUUUAGCCAACAUUUUCAAUAUUUUUUUAUGGAAAGCAUUGGACGAUGAGAAAGCAUUCAAAGCACACGUUGCCACUUUUACACUACUUUAUAGGCAAGAAGAUAUGAGACGGAUUUUUGGGAAAUAUGGUCGAAUUCAAGAUGUUUACAUUCCUUGUGAUUACUUCACGAAGAAAGUUCGUGGAUUUGCUUAUGUACAGUAUCCUUUUACCAUAAAAUUUCAUUCAAAAUGAAAGUAACAAAAUAAUUAAUAAUUUCACAUUGAGGGAUUGCUAGUAUGGUGCCAGAGUGAAUUUGAGUGUAUUUCCGAAAGAUCUUCGGCGCAGAACAGCGACUCGAACAAAGUUUGGCGCACAUUUUUGGCGCAAUCUUCGGCGCAGAAAAAUUGAGAGAUUCACCCUGGGUAUGGUGGGAAAUUUCUAGCCUGCUUGUAGCCUGAAUUUGCUCUAAAUUCAGUCUGCUGAUCUAGAAAGUCAAUUGUGUAUAGCGACAUCGCACUUAACUAGAGCUGUGCGGUUAGCUGACAUAUUUGGUCGGUACAGUUCUUUUUUAGCAACCGAAAGUUGCCACCGGGCAUGCACAAAAGAACUGGUGGUUUCAGUUCCUGAUAUGUUGCUGCUUCGUGUUGAAAAAAUAACAAAAUAUCUGCACAAACGAAGUCAUUUCUUUUUUCAUAAUUUUAUUUAGAAUAUAUUUAUUUCACAAGUCUAUCCCAUAUAUCAAUGGAGAUGGUUUUGUUUCAUUUAACUACUUAUAAGUUGUUUAUUUUCAUGUUAUAUUACAAUUUCUUGAGCAAAUGCUUUGAGCAAAUACAGAAACCGACACCGGACCGAGGUUCUUUCAUCCCCAGAAGACCGGAACGGGAAAUUUCUGCAACCACACAGUAUUAAUUUGCACGAAAAUAAGUAGUGUUCAUUGAUUGGUUAAAAAAACUUGCUUAAAUUAAUCUAUUGGGUUGCAGUAUAUUUGGUUAAACUUGGUAAAUUAAUUCCAUAAUCAGGGCAUGGAUUAUAGACAAAAAAUUGGUUCGCAAAUUUUUUCAUAGAGAUUUUAAAGACUUUUCACAGAACCUUUCGAUUUAGUACAGUGGAAACACUGACAAAAUGGCGGCCAUUUUGUUGCAAAUUUUGUGAAUAUUUUGAAUGAAUUUCAACCGUAUUCUUCUUAUUACACAUCUCUUCGGUAUAAAAAUACAAUAGUGAACACCAGUGGCGUAGCUAGGGGGAGGGGUGCCCCCCCCCAAUCGCCACAAAAACCAUUUUCUAAAAAAUGCAUAAUCCGUAGAGAAAUUGGGGGGGAGGGUACAUGUUACAUGCUCGAAGCUGAAACUGAUUAAGUACAUCUCGACUGAGGAAAAAGACGAUAUACUGGAGGAACUUGAUUUGUAAAAUCUCGUUAAAGCAGUUGUAGAUACGGUUCCAAGAAGAAUAGAUUUAGUUUAGAUUUUUAACUGUUAAAUACAUGUAUGCAUUAUCAUAGCAUGAAUAUUUCUUUGCAGACUUAUUCUGUAUCAUAUGAAAAAGCAAUGCCAUUUUGAGAAUGAGGAAAUGGUGUCUCUUAGAACCUAUAAUGAUUUAAAUGCAACAUUUCUGAUCAAAAUCGGGAUUUUCUUCCCCCAGCAUCAUAGAGGGGAAAUAAGGUGACACUGACCCCUCCUCCUGUUUUUCAAGGUGACUUUUCCAAUUUAUUUAAUUCCGAGUAGAAAUGUCUGGGACUGAAAUUCAUGUCUUCGAUGUACUUUAAAUAUAAUCUUCUGAAUUCUGCUAGAUUUCAUCCCAAAAGUGCUUGAAAUCCCAUUUCAGGACUCUAGAUUUCAAAAUUUUUCAUGGGGUUGCAUGCCCCCGGACCCCCCUAGACAGUCUCAUGCCUUCGGCGUGAAGUUCCCCAAAAAACUAAGCUCUGGCUAUGCCACUGGUGAACACAUUACAAAAAGAAAUCUUAGUUUGAUUUGUUAAAUGAAAUUAAUAAGUGUGCAUGCAACAACUGUAAGACAGAAGGCAUGUUACAGAAUUUUUAAAACUUCCUGUUUUCAUGAAUUUUACUUUAAGAAAUAUGUCGCCAAUUGCGAAGUGCAAGAUGGCAGAAUAUGACAUUUUCGAAGCUCCUCAUUAUCAUAGUGGUUUUUCAACAAGAAAGAUACAAAAACUUACUUUCCUUUUUUUGUAAGGUCUAUUUGAUUUUGCACACAAAAACUUAACCAGACAUAAUGCGAUAACAGAUCACAAGACAGCAAAAAAUGCCAGUUAGUUUCAGCUAAACAAAAUAAAAUAAAUAGUUUCAGCUAAACAAAAUAAAAUAUUUUAACAAAAGAUUUUCUUGUAGGAUUGGAGCAAAAAGGUCCUAAAAGUGAAAGUUGAUAGUGUUUUAAAGAGUUGGCUUAAAUCAAGCUUUACUAUCAAACAAGUUUUUCAAAAGUCAAUGUAAAGACAAAGAUUGUUAGACAGACAUUUUAUAAAAGAUAAAGUAAAGUUACAUUUGAAAAAGUCAAAGCUUAAAAGAAUCAAGUUCAUGUAAGUUUGACCCACAUCACAUAUAAAGGUGUCUUUAGUUAAGGGUUCCUUGGUAAAUGCAACUAUCUCUUGCCAAGCAAAACAGCUUUUUGUUGAUGUUACAAUUGCCUCCUCCAAAUAUUUGGCCAUUGUAACCUAAUCCAUUCUUUCAUUUUAAGAGUAAAAUGUUAAGAGCAUGUUUGUUUUUAAAAGAGUAUAGAGGUAGUCACAAUUCACAAAAUUUGACAUUAUAAUGUUUCCUGGUAAAUAUUUGCAGGACUGUCACAAGAAAGUAAGGCCUUGUGUUUUCUACUAGUCACGCUUGGUUUAUGGUUUGAAAAGAUUUAAAUCAAGCUUCCAAAGGGUAGCCAAGUUAAAGAACAAAGUUUAGUUUGGCAGCAAAGACGAACAAACCACAAGUCAAAAUGUAAAGUUCCGAAUCAAAAAAUCUUAAAAGGGUACAAGUGUAUAAAGUAUCAGAGUUAUUAUGAACAAGCAAAAGUGGCUCAUUGAGAGACAGUAAAUGGCAUCAAGUUUUAAAGAAAAAGGCUUGAAAGAGUUUUUAGGUGAGUUGUAAUAUAGUUCUUAACCAGUUAAAGAUUUGAAGAUAUCCGUGAUGCAGAAGAUGCUCUAUAUUACCUGGACAGGGUCAUUGUGCUUGGUCGUGAACUUGAAGUUCAGUUUGCUGAAGGAGAUCGUAAAAGUAAGUAGUUAAGGGAUUAAUGUUAUUUUGCAAUCAAUCCCUUGACAUUUAUAUGAAAAAUAUAUGAUGACCAUAUUGGAGGAGAAUGUGCUUCAAGUACAAAAGUUUCUAAUGAGAUCUAUAAAGCUAAUGAUAGAAAUGUAGUUAUAGUAUAUGAAGAUAUCUUUCCUGGCAUCUACAAACAAACUAAGGACAUGUUUUGGCAUGGGUUUAUCAUGCUAUUAAAAUAUUUAAUACAUUUUGCAUUCUAUUUAUGUUUUAACUAAAUAUUUGACAUUGUAGCUCCAAAUCAAAUGAGAUCAAGAGAGUCUGGCUCAGGUUUUGGUUAUGACAGGUAAGCAGUUUUCAAACAAAGCAAUUCAGUUUGCACCUAGGCUGGGGCGGUUCUUGAAAAAACCCGAAAACCGUCAGGAAAACACCGGUUUUUAAUCUAUAAAUAACACACAGUCACAGACAAUAAAACCGUGUAGCAUGUGUUUUUAUUAUGUGAAGAAUUUUGGUUUUAGAUGCUUAAAUUAAUAUCGAAAGCUUACAGAGGUAUAAAAAUACAAGUAAGAAGACAAUGUUAAAGAACGUAUUUACAAGUUUUCAUUUAGGAUUAGCUGAAACAUUAGCAUUUUUAUCUUGUUUUUUCCCAGUUCUCUGUCGUUUUCCGGGGGGUUUUCGGUACUUGGACUUUGGCAAAACCAAAAUACUGGUCUUUCAAAAAACCCGGUAUUUUCCGAUAUUUUCCGACUGGCUGCCAUGAAGAAUUAUAAAGGCUAAAAAUAUCAAAAUGCCAAUGAUUUAAAUCAGAUUGAUUUUAACAUAAACUGUCAUCUAUGGCUCAACAUGGACAACACAAGAUAAAGCUUUUAUUGUACAAAGAAACACAGACUAGAACAAAAAAUGUCUAAAUAGAAUAAAUUUGUAAUAAAUUUUACUUUGUAUUAAUUACAUUCAGGGCUUUCACUAUUGCCAGUGUUUCACUGUAAUACAUAUCUAUUUGUCAUUUCAGGAGGUCAAGAAGCCGCAGUCCAAAGUAAGUUAAACUUUAAAAGUUAUAGAUAAUGAAAUAGUUUAUAUUUGUUUGAUACAUUGUCUGUUUCAGGUCGCGAAGGUCUAGAAGUCGUAGCCCAAGGUAAGUUGAACAUUAUCUCUGUCAGAAUUGAUUAACAUUUAAACUGGCCAAUCUUUAACAGAAUAUAUUACCAGUGCAGAUUUAUGUAUAUGUAUACAUAUACUGUACAUGCACCACACUUAAUCUUUAAAUACACAAAAAGUAUUACAUAUAUUAAUUAACUCAAGAAAGUCAUAUAGAAUUGUGCUUUUUAAAUUCUAGAUAAACUAAAUACUUUAUAGUUUAUAAUGUCUAAUGAUGAGGAAGACUGUUCCAUAUUUUUGUACCAAAAAAACUAAUACUAAAUUUACCAUAGUUUUUAUUACUAUGCAAAUAAUAAUGUCUCCUGGCUGGCAAGCCUGGUAUUAUAUUUAUAAAUUUCUGAGAUUGAGAGACGAAUUUAUCAGGACUGUAGGAAGAAUUUGAUAAUGGAAUUAUACAUUCUGAAGGAAUACAAUAAUAACAAUAUCGGCAUUAUCCUUACAUUUUACAAGUUCAAGUUUUUUAAAUAGUGAUGUUUUCUUGCAGACGAUCUAGGCGCCCCAGACGCUCAUAUUCUCGUUCAAGAUCUCGCACUCCAGACAAAAAACGUGGCAGGAGAUCAUCUGAACGUCAUAGUCCUGAUAACCAUCGCUCACGAAGUGCGAGUAGAAGUCCAUCCAGGUCAGCAGCAAGAUCAGAUGAUCAACGUGAGGACGCUGGCGAAGGAAGUCCGAGAAAAUCUCCAGAGUAAUACCAAGAACAAAGUUUCAGUUUGCAGAAUAUUUUAAAACAUGUGUGGAUGAUUUUUGCUUGAAUAAGUUUAAUGUAUAUACAACAGUAGAUAUUUUUGCUGUGUUUCAGGGGAAUAAUGGAUGGUGAUUUUUUCAUAGUUUCUAAAAUCAUUACCGUUGAGGUCCAUACUCUAGCUUCUCAAGCAAUUUACAAUGGUGGAAAAAAUCACUAUUCGGUGUAUAGGCCUUCGCAUUGCCUUGCUUUUAAACAUUAAAAUAUUACUACAAGAUGCCUAACCUGAUGACUUGGCUAUACUCUACUAUUCAAGUACAAGUAGUUUUUUACUGUAAUACCUUACGUUUCAUAUUCUUAUUUGGACUAAAAUAAAAUAAUAAUUUUCUAUAGUAUUAAAUGCACACCGUAGAUUAAAUUUUGUUUGGAGGCAUAUUUGCAUAAUUUCGCUUUUAAAUGUUGCCAGGGAUGUGUGUAGG